AUGGCUCCGUUCUGGGAAUUCCGCGUUCACUCCGAGCCCAACCCGCACCCGCAGCUCGGCAGAAAGCCCCGACCCAGCGCGCUUCUCAUCCCCGAACCCGUCGACCCUCCGCCCACCCCACGCCCCCUCGCCUCCCAUCUCCCGCGCCCCUCCGCGCCGCUCCCGAAAAUCCGCACCGAACCGCUGUGGCUCAAUCAGCCGCCAGUUUUCUUCUCCAGCCAUCCAAUCGCGCCCAUCGCCGAGCCCGCCGCCUCGUCGCUUCCGCCGUCUCUUGCGCCACCUCCGGCUCCGCGCCCUGCGCAGGCGCGGAAGCCGCGUCAGAGCCCGCCGCGGCAGCCGAAACUCUGGGACCUCAUUCCCGAGCUCCCCCCUGCGCCACGCCCCUACAAGGUCCCCCAACCCUCCAGCGGCGACGUCCCUUCCGCCGCGCUCGUACAUACUCACGGCCAGCCGUUUGCGCCGCCGUUCUGGCAGCCGGCCCCGCGGAAUCCUAGCCGGCAGGUGUCAAUCGGUUUCCCGACAGCGGGCGCUGGCGGCGUUAUAGAUCUGUCGACGUGGGGCUCCGCCAACACCGCUGCGCGCGGGGUAGGAACAUUUCGGAGGGGGGAAAGGCCGGGAGAAAUCCCGCAGAUUCGAAUGAAUUCCAGCGCGGGCGCGAAUCGGGAAAAGCGGGACACGCGGCAGCUUCGGAACCCCGCCGAAUCAAAAUCCGCCCAGGUCUCGCAGACUAGAGUUCCGCUGGUAUCGCAGUCGCGCGAGGGGUCGACAGCGUCGUCAGCCGCGGCGCCAAUCGCGGCGCGAGAGGCAUCCGGGGGGGGCGCCGCUGCUUCCAGCGUUCCCGUUAAGGAAUACACACUCUCCGUUGGUGCAACUUCGUUGGAUCUCGCACGGGCCAGGCAGCACCGAGACUCGUGCACCUGCUCAGUAGACUACGCCUCCCUCUGGGGUUCAUUACUCUCUGCUGCUGCAGAAGUUGCAUUGGUGGUUGGCGAUGUUGCUUCGCUCAUCGCCCCUCAAUCACCCACGCCUCUUACACUAACAAGCAGUGCCGGAAUUCCUCCUGCAUCUGCUCGGGUUCCAACUGCUGCCAGCAUUGCCCUUCUAACUGGGAAGGGUGUAGGGCUGCUGCAGGAUAGCAGUCCUUCGUCGGUCCUCCAAAAUCCGGUGUCCGAUACCUCGUCGGAGCUCAGUCCUGACACAUGA